UUUCAGAAUACAUUGGAGAUUAUAUUCAGUUCCUUUAGAGGCCAGAAAACAUAGAAUUUCCCUAUAGAAUGGGUUUUAAAAUCUCUGAGUUACUCUAAACCAGUUGACUAUGCGCAUUUUGUUCUAAAGUACUUUCUUAGCGAUAAGUAAAAGAAUUGUACACCAAUAUUUUUCUCACUCAGCAACAAGUCAAAUGGCCUGAAGAUGAUGUGCACAAACAAUAAUUAAUUAUUAUUAUCAGGAAAUAAAAAAUAACUUAGAUUACAACUGAUAAAGCACACGGUAUGCUUAAACCUUAAUUAAUUACCGAUUAAUUAAUUAACAGUCAUGUGGGGUGCGGUCGUGAUUUUCACAAUAGCUGCUGGGAUAUCGGCAUCUGCUGAAGUUCUUCCCCCAGAAGCUACUCAUGCAGACUCCCGGAUAGUAUCAGGAUGGGAGGCCAGGGAGGGCCAGUUCCCGUACAUGCUGUGGCUGCGUACAGUUCGCUGGACUGGUGACAUUACUGCUUGCGGCGGCUCCAUCAUCCACCAGCGAUGGGGACUUACCUCUGCUAGAUGUACCGCUCAGCGCGUCGAGGUCACGAUCCAUGCCGGCAGCGUGAACCGCAACACUCCCCGUGUGGUGCUGCAAGCUCUCGAUACCUUCAGACCUCCAGGGUAUGAAGACUCCAUGCAGCCCAUCACCCAGCCUAACGAUAUCAGUCUCAUGCGGUUCAGCCAGGACCUCACUUUUAAUAGCAACAUUCAACCGAUCAGAAUCCAGCGCUCUGCAGACAGGGACCGCGACUACAGCAGUGUGCUGAUGACCACCAGCGGCUGGGGAACCACAUGGACUUGCGUUGAGGCCAACUGUCCUACUCCCGUAAUCCUAAACUGGGUGCACCUAGUGGGCGUAUCGAACUUCAUGUGCCUGCUCAUCUACAACUCUAACUACCUGAUCAGACCUACCACCAUCUGCGCCGGUCCUUACAACGUCACCAGCCAGUCUAUUUGUGGGGGUGACAGCGGUGUCCCACUGACUACGGUGGAGGCUGAUGGAGUGGCCACUCAGAUUGGAAUCGGUUCUUUCGCCUCUGGAUUUGGAUGUCACGUUGGUUUGCCUGGAGGUUUCACCCGGCCUGGCCACUACCACGACUGGAUCCGUCAGGUGACGGGCAUCAGCUUCGACAGGAGUGCAGUAGCUGACGAUGAGCUGACCAAUACUGAUGCAGAGGUGCAUGGAAACAAGGCAACGUUAGAUAUACUGGAAACACGAGACGGCGUGAAGAUUUAUUAACAAAAUAAAGUAUUAGCAAAACUGUACUUAUUUCAAAGAACGACACAUACACUCACAAAAGAUUUCAUAGCAAGUAUAUAAUUACAUACUUACUAUUUAAUGUCAACCUACGGUUGUUAUAGAAGAAAUCACGAUUCGUGUGAAACAUUUUGUUACAACAUGUUCAAGAAGUAUAAUAAAUAAGUAAAUAAACAA